ACCUAGAGACCUAAACGAAACAAAAUCUAUGAAUAAAUAUAAGUAAAAUGGGGUUCGUUGACAUAGCAGACAACUGCCGAGCGUGCCAAAUAAAUACGGAAGAAGAGUCUGAAAAGAUUUUCAUCUUUAACAUUGUGAAACUCCCGGACAUCUUCAAGGAAACCACAUCCUUGGACAUUCAAGAGAAUGAUGGAUUACCCAAAGUACUGUGCUCCACCUGCUACAAUCACCUUCUGGAAGCCUACAACUUCCGGAAAAUGUGUUCCGCUGCCGUUCUGCAUUUCCAGAAGAUCCUGUCAAUGGAUGUUCCGGAAGAAAAAUAUACUCCGCUUGAAAAUCUGAAUGAUGUUCACUUAAUGGAUAACAUACAGAUAAAGACAGAGCCAGAUUCAGAUGUACCAAAUUCUCCUUCGAAGGAUGAUCUAAACUACCCAUCGGACGGAGAGGAUUCUAACAUUUCCGACAUGCUGUCCAUAGAUGAAAACCUUCUGGAAGUACUUAAGACUGAACCUGAUGAUGAUGCUAUGAUAGAGGAAGGUGCUCUAAAUGAAGAUUUUAGUGAUGCUCCCUUGAUAAAGCAGGAGAAAACAGAUGAAAUGCCUAAGACAUCUCCAGAGACGCAAAAAGCUGAGGAACCUACCCCUCCAGGAAAGCCUAAAAAGUAUAAGUGCGGAACAUGUAAUAAAUUGUUUGAUCGGAAAUCACAUCGAGAGAUGCACAUUUGGAAAGAGCAUUUGGGAUUGAAGCCUUGUGAAUGCAAAAUCUGUGGGAAAGAAUUCAAGUCACCCAACGGUCUAAGGAACCACCACCUUAAAACCCAUAAAGUUACGAAGGGAGAUGACUCUCAGAGUGACAUAAACCAGAACAUCUGCGAAGUCUGUGGGAUUGAGAAGCCAACAGUCGAAGAGUGCAAGAGCCAUAUGAUCACUCACAAGAAGGAUGACAAGUGGUUUUGUAACCUUUGCCCUUAUCAAUCAACCAGAAUCAUGAAUUUGAAGCAUCAUGUGAAGGUGGUUCACCAGGGAGUGAGAGAAUUUCAUUGCCCACGAUGUGAGAAAUCCUUCACUGAAGCACCAACAUUAAAACUACAUAUGCAGCGUCAUGAGGGUAUUAAAAAUCAUGUGUGUACAGUUUGUGGAGUGAAAAAGGUAACAGGAAGAGAAUUGAGGAGUCACAUGAAUACUCACACGAAGGCCAAAACCUGGUCUUGCGAAUUAUGUCCCUACAAAUGCAGUCUAAGUGAAAAUCUUAAGAAACACGUGAAGAUAGUACAUCAAGGAAUAAGGCAACAUCACUGCUCCGAAUGCAACAAAUCCUUUUCUAGAGCCAGAAGUCUGAAAAACCAUUUAAUGCUCCAUACUGGAGAAAGACCUCAUUGCUGUAGCCAGUGUCCUAAAAAGUUCAUUACACUCGAACAACUUAAUGUUCAUAUGAACAUUCAUACAGGAGAAAAUGUAUUUUCUUGUGAAUUUUGUCCUUACACGACCAUUCACCGGAUGCAAAUAGGGCGCCAUGUUAAAAUUGUUCAUCAGGGAGUGAGAAACUAUCAGUGCCCUCACUGCAAGAAAGCCCUUUCGAGUUCCAUAGGGCUGAAAAAUCACAUAAUGAUUCACACUGGCGAGAAGCCACGUGCCUGCAAUGAGUGUGGAAAGAGAUUCAUACAACACUCAACCCUGAAGAAUCACAUGAAGAUUCAUCUCAAGAAUAAACCCGAGGAUAAACCCACGACCCAGACCCAACCCAAGACAGAGUCACAACACGAAACUGAAAUACAAUCCGAAAAUCUGAAUGAAAUGAAGUACAUUGCGAUAGAAGAGAGCUGCCGCGCGUGUCAAAUAAAUACUCAGGAAGAGUCCGAAAAGAUAUUCAUCUUUACCACUGCAAAGCUUCCGGACGUCUUCAAGGAAACCACAUCCCUGGACAUUCAUGAGAACGAUGGACUACCCAAAGUUCUAUGCUGUUCCUGCUAUGAUCGUCUCCUGGACGCUUACAACUUCAGGAAAAUGUGUUCCUCUGCAGCUCUGCACUUCCAGAAGAUCCUAUCAAUGGAUGUUCCGGAAGAGAAAUACACCUCACCUGAAACGACUGAUGUUCAUUUGACGGACAACAUACAGAUAAAGACAGAGCCAGAUUCAGAUGCUCCGAAUUCUCCUCUAAGGAACGAUCAAAACUGCCCUCCGGACAGUGACGAUACUGCCACUGACAUUUCUGAUAUGUUAUCUAUCGAAGAAAAACCCUUGGAUGUAAUCAAGACAGAUCCUAAUGACUCUGAUUCCUUGACUUUUCAAAAACAGGAAGAGAAUUCUUCUCGAAUGAAGACAAGGAAGCAACCUAUUGUUCCGGAAAAGCAUGUCAAGUUUGAGUGCGGUAUCUGCAAUUCUAGUUUUCACCAGAAAUGUCGCCUGGAGAUGCACAUUUGGACAAAGCAUCUGGGAUUGAAGCCCUUUAAAUGCGAAAUCUGUGGAAAGGAAUUCAAGUCAUCUUCAUCUCUAAGCAAUCACCUUAAAACCCAUAAAGGUUCAGAAGAUCACAGUGAUAUUACCCAGCAUGUAUGUGUAAUUUGUGGGCUUAAACAUGAAACAGAGGAUGAGCUGAAGGAUCACAUUUAUACCCAUAAAAAAGAUAAGAAGUGGAUAUGUGUAUUUUGCCCUUUCAAAACACUUAAACGGUAUAGUUUGCAGCAUCACGUUAAGGUAGUCCAUAAGGGAAUAAAGGAUUUCCAUUGUUCCCGGUGUGAGAGAUCCUUCACCACGGCAGCGAGUCUGAGGAAUCACAUGAUGCGUCAUGAACUUAUUAAAAAUCAUGAAUGCUCAAUUUGUGGGAUCAAAACCGUAACGGGAAGUGAAUUGAAUAGCCACAUGACUAUUCACGUGAAAACGAAAUUGUUAUCCUGUGAACUAUGUCCUUUGAAAUUCAGUCGACGUGGGAAUUUGAAGCAGCACAUAAAUACAGUUCAUCAAGGAAUAAAGAAUCACCACUGCACCAUAUGCAGUAAAUCUUUUGGGACUACCAGGAGUUUGAAAAAUCACUUAAUGCUUCAUACUGGAGAAAGGCCUUUUGCCUGCACCAAGUGUCCUAAAGGAUUUAUCAGAAUGGAACAGUUGACGGUUCAUAUGAAGAUUCACACGGGGCAAGACAUGUUCUUUUGUGAAUUUUGUCCAUUCAAGACUUUCCAUCAAAUUCAAAUAAAGCGGCACACAAAGGCAGUUCAUGAGGGAGUCAAGGACCAUCACUGUCCACAUUAUUGCUCAAGAACAAAGGGAGCACCUAAAGUGCCGCAGAAAGGAUCUCUGAUCCUCCAGCCCAUUCUGUCAUCGGAGAAAAAGGGACAGCAGAGCCCUAUAUCUUCGCCCUCGUCUGAGGCAAAGCCGGAGGAAGCAAAAGCCCAGGACUACCGUGGAAAAAGUGACGAGCUUGUUCCUCCUCCUUCGGGAAAUGACCGGCAGAAACACAGCGGGAAUUCUGGAGAGUUCCGGACAGGAAGUGUUUCAUCAGUGGAAGGGGAAGGAGAGAUUCUUGAGAUAUUCGUGGGUGCACGGGACGUCAGCGAGAAACUAGCUCAGGAGAGACCUCCUUAUCGUCUGGUUGAGUGGAUGAAGUUUGCCUUGCCAGGCAAGAGCCACCUCAGGGGCCACAUCGCGAAAUUCUUCUACAGGUGGAGAGCCGACGAACAACCGGGGUCCCAUCAGCCCUUUUCGUCGACACCUCCCCGGAAUGCAGACACCUGGUUAAAAAGUAAAAAAAUUGAAAUGGGGUGUAGUGAUAUAGCAGGCAACUGCCGAGCGUGCCAAAUAAAGACUCAGGAGGAGUCUCCAAAGAUAUUCAUCUUCAACACCGUGAAGCUUCCGGAUAUCUUCAAGGAAACCACAUCCCUGGACAUUCAUGAGAACGAUGGACUACCCAAAGUGCUAUGUUGCUCUUGCUACGAUCGUCUCCUGGACGCUUACAACUUCCGGAAAAUGUGUUCCGCUGCAGCUCUGCACUUCCAAGAGAUCCUGUCAAUGGAGAUUUCGGAAGAGAAGUACAACCCUCCUGAAACACAGAGUAAUCCUCAUUUGACGGAAACAAGUCUGACGUAUAUAAAGAUAGAGUCAGAUUCAGAUGAACCUAGCUCUCCUCUGAGGAACGAUCAAAACCACCUUCCGGACGAUGCUUCUUCUGACAUUUCCGAUUCGAUAUCUCUCGGAGACAAAGUCCUAGAUGCAAUCAAGGCAGAACCUGACGAUAAUGCUUCCUUGAUUUCUCAUGUGAACAAAGACAGAGACAAGGGUCUUAGAAUUCCGGAAGAGCCUACCAAGCUUGUGUGCGGUAUCUGCAAUUCUAGUUUCCACCACAAGUCACGCCUAGAGAUGCACAUUUGGACGGAACAUCUACCAUUUAAGGCACGGGAAUGCAAAAUCUGUGGAAUGGAAUUCAAGUCAGCCUCGUCUCUAAGCAACCACCUCAGGACCCAUGAGAAUACGAAAGCUUCUGAAGAUCAGAAUGAUAAUAACCAGCACGUAUGCGUAUUUUGUGGAGUUGGCAAUAAAACAGAGGAAGAACUGAGGAAUCACUCUAACACCCACAAGAAAAAUAAGAAGUGGCUAUGCGUAUACUGCAAUUUCAGAACUAUUAAAAAGUUCAAUUUGCAGCGCCACGUGAAGACAGUUCAUCACGGAGCAAAGCGUUCCCACGAUUCCCAUUUCUCGCAGUCUCAAGGAUCUUUCAGGACGGAAGCAAGUCCAAGGAAUCAUACGGAGCGUGAAGUUGUUAAAAAACAAGUUAGCAGAGUUAGCGAGAUUAAAACCGUAACAGAAAGUGGCUUAAACAGCCACAUGACCACUAAUGCGACAAAGAAACAUAUAACUUGCGAAUUGUGUUCCAUGAAAUUCAGUCGACGUGCAAAUCUUACGCAGCACGUGAAGAUAGUUCAUCAAAGAAUAAAAAAUCACCACUGCAGUGUUUGCAAGAAGUCUUUUGGAACUUCCAAGAGUUUGAAAAAUCAUUUUAUGCUUCACACUGGAGAGAGGCCUCAUGCCUGCACCAAGUGUCCUAAGAGAUUUAUUGCAUCAGACAAACUGAAGAUGCAUAUGAAGACUCACACGAGGGAAAACAUCUUAUCUUGUGAAUUGUGUCCAUUCACGACUGCUUGCAAUUACCGAAUGAAGCGUCACGUUAAGUCUGUCCACGAGACAGUAAAGGACUAUCAGUGUCCCCACUGUGGGAGAGCCUUUUCGACUCUCAUAGCUUUGAAAAGUCAUGUACUAACUCACUGCAAUGAAUGUGGAAUGAGAUUCUCACAACGCUCCAACUUGAUGAUACAUCUGAAGACUCAUCUCGAGUCCAUCUCUAAAGCAUCGGACACCUGUCGAGCAUGUCAAAUUAGGACUCAGGAAGAGUCUAAAAAGAUAUUCAUCUUCAACACUGUGAAACUUCCGGACAUCUUCAAAGAAACCACAUCCCUGGACAUUCAUGAGAACGAUGGAUUACCGAAAGUGUUAUGCUGUUCCUGCUACGAUCGCCUCCUGGAAGCCUACAACUUUCGGAAAAUGUGUUCCGCUGCAGUUCUGUACUUCAAGAAGAUCCUAUCGAUGGAUGUUCCGGAGGAGAAAUACACCCCACCUGAAAAUUUAAUCACCCAACCGGCAGAGAUAAAGGCAGAACCAGUGGAUGCAUCUGAUUCUCCUCCAAGGAAGCUAAGCUAUCGUCCGGACAGAGAUGAUGCUGUCAGUGACAUUUCCGACAUGCUGUCCAUUGAUGAAAACCUUCCGGAAAUACUUAAAACUGAUCCUGAUGAUGGUACAGCCGAGGAAGACACUUCAUACUUUCCACCGGGCAGAGACUGCACUGUUGAUGUUUCGAAUACUUUACCAAAAGAAAAACUUCAGGAUGACUCUGAUGAUGAUACUCCCUUGAUCAUCAGAAAGACCAGAAAACUCAAAAAACCACACAAAAAACUAGAAAAAUCUACAAAAUCGCAGAAGGAAACUAAAGAAAUUACUCUUCAAGAGGACCUUCCAAAAUACGAGUGCAGUAUCUGCAGUUCAGUAUUCCGGCAGAAGUCGUACCUAGAGAUGCACAUUUGGAAAGAUCAUCUGGGAUUAAAGGCUUGUGUAUGCAAAAUCUGUGGGAAGGAAUACAAAUCAUCCAACGGUCUAAGGAAGCACUCUAAUUCGCAUAGAGUUAAGAAAAGUACUGAAGUCCAAAAAGGUACUAAGCAGUAUGUAUGUGCAGUUUGUGGAAUAGACAAAGUUACAGCCACUGAACUAAGGACUCAUGAGAGUAUUCAUAAUAAGGAUGGCAUGUGGUUCUGCGUAACCUGUCCCUACAAAGCUGUUAGAAAAUACAGUUUGACACAGCACGUAAAAGUAUAUCAUCAUGGAAUAAAGGAAUUCCAUUGUGCACAGUGUAACAAAUCAUACACCGAGGCAUCAGGACUAAAGCACCAUAUGUUGCGUCACAAAGGUAUUAAGAGGUUUAAGUGCAACACUUGUGACUUCAUGACGUUGAUAAGUAUCAGAAAAAGUGAUAAAAUUGAAAUGGAGUGCAUUGAUAUAGCAGACGACUGCCGAGCGUGCCAAACAAAGAUUCAGGAAGAGUCUCAAAAGGUAUUCAUCUUUAACACUGUUAAGCUUCCGGACAUCUUCAAAGAAACCACAUCCCUGUACAUUCAUGAGAACGAUGGACUACCCAAGGUAUUAUGUUCCUCUUGCUACGAUCGUCUCCUGGAAGCUUUCAACUUCAAGAAAAUGUGUUCCGCUGCCGUUCUGCACUUUCAAAGCAUGCUAUCAAUGGAUGAUUAUUCGGAAGAAAAGUAUAUCCUACCUGAAAAUCUUAUUAGUGAUAUUAAUUUAACAGAUACGAUACAGACGGAUAUAAAAAUAGAUCCAGAUUUAGAUUUAAAAGACGAUCAAAACCACCUUCCCGACAAAGACGAUUCCGUCAGUGAUAUAUCCGAUAAGAUAUCCAUAGAUGAGAAACUCCCGGAAAUACCUAAGAUAAACCCCGAUAAUGAUGCUCCCUUGAUCUCGAGAAACCUCAGAAAUACGCGUAACAGGGGUUCCAUUCAGCUAGGAAACUCUACCAAAUUUAAAUGUGACUCCUGUAAUUUAAGUUACUACCAGAAGUCAUACCUGGAAAUGCAUGUGAAGAGGACACAUCCAAGACCAAAAACUUUCGAAUGCAAAACUUGUAGGAAGGAAUUCCAAUCCAUCUCAUCUCUGAGGGACCAUCUUAAUACUCAUGAGGUUACUGAAGAUCAGGAAAUUCAGAAAGAUACAAAAAAACACGUAUGUGUAAUUUGUGGGAUUGCCAAUGAAACCAAAGAUAAACUGAAGAACCAUACUAAAACUCACAAGAAAGAUGACAAAUGGUUCUGCGUAUUUUGCUCCUACAAAUCAACUAGAUUUCAAUAUUUGAAGCAUCAUGUUAAGGUACUUCAUAAGGAAAUAAAUGACUAUCAUUGUUCGCAGUGUGAAAAAUCCUUCACUACGGUUGCAAAUCUAAAGGAUCAUAUGAUAUGUCAUGCAAAUAUUAAGGAACUUGUUUGCACAGUUUGUGGUAUUCAGAAGGCAACGCGAACAGAGUUGAGGAACCAUAUGAUUAUUCACUCUGGGAAGAAGUUGUCUUGCAAAUUUUGUCCUUUAAAAUUUGCUCGCGGUAAUAGUCUAAAGCAGCAUGUAAGGGCAGUUCAUCAAGAAAAGAAGUACUGCUGCACUAAAUGCAAUAAAGCCUUUACACUUUAUGAAAGCCUGAGGUAUCAUUUAUUAUUGGUUCACAGUGGAAAAAGACGUUAUGCCUGCAGCAAGUGUCCUAAAAGAUAUGUUAGAUCGGACCAACUGAAGUUGCAUAUGAAGAUUCACACGGGGACAGGUACCGUCUCCUGUGAAUCUUGUUCAUUCAAGACAAACUAUCUUCAUGAUCUGAAGAAUCACGUGAAUGUAGUUCAUAAGGGAGUGAAGGAUAAUUACUGUGACACUUGUAAGAAAUCCUUUCUGACAGCCUCAAUUUUAAGAUCCCAUUUAUUGACUCAUACUGGAGAAAAGCCACAUAAGUGCAGGGAAUGUGGAAAGAGAUUCUCAAAACGCUCAAACUUGUUGAAACACUUCCAGAGCAAGAGUCAUCUUAAAUCCAAAUCCGAAGGAAAGGCAAAGAGAAGUUCAAAAUAG